AUGUCAAGAGUCGAUGCACGGUACAUUUGUCAAAGCGCUGCCAAUGCCAUCAUCUCCGAGAUUGGUCCUUAUCGAGUAUCGAAUGACGCAUUGCAAGCUAUCAAUCACUUCCUCGAUGAGUAUCUUGUAUUGCUAUUGACGUCGUCGUUGUCGCUUGAUUUGUCACGUAUCAAGGCUGUGGUGUUCACAUUGUUGCCGUCGACGCUGGGAAAGAAUGCGAUUGUUGAAGCCGAGCUUGAAGUCAAAACUUUUACCGAGACCGAAGCGAUCGAUUAUGAAUCAUACGAGCGAAUGCGUAUGUUGGGUACCGAUGGGCAGCCAGAGUUCCCGGUAAACGAUGCAUUACCCCUACUGCGAGAAAAGUGCCUUGAAUUUUGUACACUUGCCGACAGAGAGGAGCAACGAGCGUACAUGGAUCCAGCUAUUACCCCCACUGCACGACAAAAUAUCGCUAUCGUUCCUAUUGUUGCUAUCUAUGUCACCACCGUUCUCGAGCACAUUGCAGAAUACGUCUUGACAGCCAUUGCCAUGACAGCCGAACAUGAAGAUACCGAAUACAUUCGUAUCAAACAAGUGUUUUUGGCGCUUGUGGAUGAUAUCCAAGUGGGUGGCGUAUUUCAUCGUAUGGAAUUGCGUGACAAGCUCGAGAAACGGGCAUUUGCCAUGGGUUACAAACCGCGAACACCUGUGCCAUCUUUCCAUGCAGCAGCAGCAGCACCACCACCACCAAAUCACAUGCGUUCCUCAACAUCAGGGAGCAAUAACAAUGGUGGCGAUGGAUUCUUGGAUAUUUGCUUUGAUGAUUUGGAUAUCGGAUACGAUGAUGAUGUCAUGAACCCGAAUGAUCGACUUUCAGUAUCACAGUAUUCGAUGAGAUCCGGUGUUAGUCAACGUCCAACAUCGAUGAUGAGUGGUAGUACGAGUAACGGCACUCUCAGCACAUUUGACAACAGCUCAGCCAACAGCAGCAAAAAAGCAUACAAGGUGUUUCGAAAAGAUGAUGGUGGGGCUGAUCGAUCACCCUUAUCGGUAUCAGUUUAUGAUCCAGAUGCACCAGCAAUGAACUUUGAAGAUCUUAUUCGAUCCGGCAACACAAUGAAAGUAUCAUUGACACCCAACCGACUAAAGUCAAUUGAAGUCAAGAAUCAAAUGGUGGAUGAUACGCCUAAAUCGGCUAGUUGGGAACGACGUUCAACUGCAAGUAGUGCAUCACGUGCUACUCGAUCAUUGAAUGGUACGGCUACAGCUUCUUCAUCAUCAGCACCACGACGCAACGUAUCAUCCAUGUCCGCUGUUCCUAAUUCAUCCAAACCUAAGCAUGGAGUAUCAGCAGCACCACCACCAGCAGCAGCUACCCAUCAUCAUACAGUGAAACCAAAAUCAUCUUUUGGAAGUGAUCGCUCUAUUAAGAAACCAUCAUCCGCAACAGCUCCAAUGCCACCAUUGCCAGAGCAAAAGAAACCUGCAGGUCCUCUUGAUACACGUUUUGAGAAUCCUAGAGAGGCUCCAAAACCUCCAACAAUCACCACCACAACCAAUAACUCAGCUUCUCCUCCUUCUUCAGCAUCUCCUGUUGUGGUUCAAUCACCUGCACCUAUCACAUAUACACCCAAACCAGUACCAGAAAAGCCUACAAAUGAUACAUCUUCAGUGAAAAAGGAGCAGCAGCCACAACGGCCACGAUUAUUGCGACGUAGCAGCAGCAGUAGCAAAAAGAGUCGUGAGAACUUGAGACGACAACGAGAAAAGGAGGAGCAAGAGGAACAAAGGAAAAAAGCUGAAGCUGCAUUAAGAGGAUUGCCUAAGCCUAUGACACCUGAGGAUGUUGACCAUGAAUCCCAAGAACAGCAAAAAGAAAAGGCAUCCUUAUCAAGCAAGAGCAGCAACGAGAGCGUUAGCCGCAGUAUCACAUCUAGCAACAACAAUGAUGCAGCACCACCAUCUCCACCUGCAAGUGAAGGAUCAAACAAGGAUCAAGAAAAAGGUGUUCAUUUUGAUAACGAGCGAUCUUCAUCAUCCAUUGUGGAUGAACCUGAACGACCUUCGAGUAUGACAGCCAAACGUGCAUCCUUGGUAGGCUCAUCACGUCGUCAAUCACUUCAUGAAAGCUAUGCCAUGAAUGAUAUUAUGCGUCAUCGAUUAUCGGCAGCAGGCUCUGUCGAAAUGACAGUCAAGGCUUUUGAUAGCAUGUCUAAAAGCAAUAUCCAAGAUGUCUCCAAUACUACAACGCCAACAUCAACAACGCCUACCACUACCACUACCACUACUACAGGACGUCGUUCACCCGUAACAAUGGCUCGUCGUUCGGCAACCGUUGAACAAGGGAACAGUUCCCAUGGCAACGGUAACCAUGGUGAUGAGGAAGUGUCAUCAACAACAACACCCACACCACCUGCUAUGCGUGCACCACGACCUAGCAGUGUUCUUGAUAAAGUGAUGCAAUUUGAACGAGCCAAUUCGCUGGACGAUUCUGCACAACAACAUCAUCGACAACAACGCACCGCAUCUUAUAUGCCACGUCGAGAACGUUUCUUGUACUUGCAACGUGAACCGGGUCUUCUUGAACGACGUAGCACAACAUACACCACCACAGCAAAUCCAUCGCCACGACCUGUCACUGUCGAUGCCGGCGUGCAAACGGAUCCUGUUCUUGUCACCAACCAUGAUGAGGAUAAUGAUGGUCCACCAGCCCUUGUGAUUACAGAUGAAACGGGCGUAUCGAUAUCCAAAUCCAUCCAUGUUUCUGAUUCUGAGAAUCUUAGUGAUAAGAGCUCUGAACAUGGAUUGGUGGAAGGUGAUGAAGAAUGGUUCCUACAAGACGAUGAAUGGGAUGAUGUCCAAGAUCAAGAAAAUGCAGUUGUAGAAUGGCUUCUUGGAGAAGCAUAA